UUCGUUUUGUUGUUGGAAAAGCCCUUUUUCGGCUAGAGAAGUGAAACCCAAACAAACAAAAGGGGGAAAAAAAAACAGAGAAAUCCCAGGCCUCUCUCUCUCUCUCUCUCCUCUCUCUCUCUAUCUCUCCCUCGCGACUUUCAAACUCUCUCAACCCUCGUCGACCAGAUGAGCGAGAAAGCUCCGAAGCUCUGAAACGACGCCGCUAGCUCGACGAAGAAAAUGGCUCAGAAGCUUGAGCAGCAGCUCAAGGAGUUGGGAUCCAAGCUUGAGAGCCUUCCUUCCACCAAAGACGCUCUCGUCAAGCUCUUGAAGCAAGCUGCAACAUGCCUUUCUGAGUUGGACCAAUCGCCGUCUGCAUCGAUGCUAGAGUCAAUGCAGCCUUUCCUCGAUGCAGUUGUUAAGCCAGAACUGCUGAAGCAUCAAGAUAGGGAUGUCAAGCUUUUAGUUGCAACAUGUGUUUGUGAGAUAACGCGAAUUACUGCACCUGAAGCUCCUUAUAGUGAUGAUGUUCUAAAGGAUAUUUUUCACUUGAUUGUUGGCAUUUUUGAUGGAUUACGUGACACAAGCGGUCCAUCAUUUGGUAGGAGGGUUGUCAUUUUGGAGACUCUUGCGAAAUAUAGAUCAUGUGUUGUAAUGUUGGAUCUUGAAUGUGAUGAUCUGGUUAAUGAUAUGUUCAGUACGUUUCUUGCUGUUGCCAGUGAUGAUCAUCCGGAAAGUGUUAUUUCAUCAAUGCAGACCAUUAUGAUCGUUCUUUUAGAGGACAGUGAGGAAAUACGAGAGGAUCUUUUAUUUAUUUUAUUGUCUGUAUUGGGUCGUUAUAAAAGUGAUGUGAGUAUGGCGGCGAGGAGGCUUGCUAUGAAUGUUAUAGAACAAUGUGCAGGGAAACUUGAAGCUGGCAUCAAACAAUUUCUUAUAUCAUCAAUGUCAGGAGAUAGCAAGUCCGUAAAGUAUCAGAUUGAUUUUCAUGAAGUGAUUUACGAUGUAUACCGUUGCGCUCCCCAGAUCAUAGCAGGUGUUGCACCAUAUCUAACAGGAGAACUACUGUCUGACCAGCUAGAUACUCGUCUCAAGGCAGUUGGCUUAGUUGGUGACCUAUUUGCUUUACCGGGCUCCACUAUCUCUGAGGCCUUUCAGCCAAUCUUUUCUGAGUUUUUGAAGAGGUUGACUGAUAGAGUUGUUACUGUUAGGAUGUCCAUUCUCGAACAUGUGAAGAGUUGUCUGCUGUCAAAUGCUUCCAAAGCUGAAGCUCCCCAAAUUAUUUCUGCACUUUGUGACCGGCUGUUGGACUUUGACGAUAAAGUAAGAAAGCAAGUUGUUGCUGUUAUUUGUGAUGUGGCAUGCCAUGAUUUAAGUUCCAUUCCACUGGAAACCGUGAAACUUGUUGCUGAACGUCUUCGUGACAAAUCUCUACUUGUGAAAAAAUAUACCAUGGAGAGGUUAGCUGAGAUGUACAGAGUUUAUUGCUUGAAGUGUGCUGAUGGGUCAAUCAAGACUAAUGAAUUCGAUUGGAUUCCUGGAAAGAUUUUGAGAUGCUACUAUGACAAAGAUUUCAGAUCUGAUACAAUUGAAUCUGUUCUUUGUGGAUUGCUGUUCCCAAUUGAAUUUUCAAUCAAAGAUAAAGUUCAACAUUGGGUAAGAGUCUUCUCAGGCUUUGACAAGGUUGAGGUAAAGGCUCUUGAGAAGAUUCUGGAGCAGAAGCAAAGGUUACAACAAGAGACACAGAGGUAUCUGUCUCUUCGGCAGACGUAUCAGGAUGGUGAUGCUCCGGAGAUCCAAAAAAAAGUUCUUUAUUGCUUCCGCAUGAUGUCACGCUCAUUUGCUGACCCGAUAAGGGCUGAAGAGAAUUUUCAGAUUCUUGAUCAGUUGAAAGAUGCUAACAUCUGGAAGAUUCUUACGAGUCUUGUUGAUCCAAAUACUAGCUUCCAUCAAGCUUCUACUUCCCGGGAUGAUUUGCUUAAGAUUCUUGGUGAGAAGCACCGUUUGUACGAUUUUCUUAGCACUCUCUCCUUGAAGAGUUCUUAUCUACUUUUCAACAAGGAGCAUGUGAAGGAACUUCUUCUGGAGGUUGCCGCUCAAAGGUCUAUUGGGAAUUCACUGUAUACUUCAUCAUGCAUGAAUAUACUGGUGAUUCUUGCACGAUUCAGCCCAAUGCUACUUAGUGGGGCAGAAGAAGAACUCAUAAAUUUUCUUAAAGAUGGCGAUGAAGUUAUAAAAGAAGGUAUUUUGCAUGUUUUAGCGAAGGCUGGUGGUACCAUUCGAGAACAACUAGCUGUGUCAACAAGUUCCAUAGACCUUAUGUUGGAGAGGGUAUGCUUAGAAGGCAGUCGAAGGCAGGCAAAGUAUGCCGUACAUGCCCUUGCAGCAAUAACAAAGGAUGAUGGACUUAAAUCACUUUCUGUUCUUUACAAGCGACUUGUGGAUAUGUUGGAGGAGAAGUCACAUUUGCCUGCUGUACUGCAAUCACUGGGUUGUAUAGCACAGACUGCAAUGCCCGUUUUUGAAACCAGAGAGAGCGAAGUUGAAGACUUCAUAAUAAAUAAGAUCUUGAAAUGCAGUGAUAAAGAAGGUGGAAAGAAGACUUCUUGGGAUGAAAGAAGCGAAGUUUGUUUGUUAAAGAUAUUUGGGAUUAAGACAUUGGUCAAAAGCUACUUGCCUGUCAAAGAUGCGAAUGUUCGUCCUAAUAUUAAUGGCCUUCUAGAAAUUCUCAGGAACAUUCUUUUAUUUGGAGAAAUGUCAAAAGAAAUAGAAUCAAGUUCAGUUGACAAGGCCCAUUUGCGGCUAGCUUCUGCAAAGGCAAUCAUUCGUCUGUCAAAGAUCUGGGAUGAUAAAAUACCUCUUGACAUCUUCUACUUAACCUUGAGGACAUCAGAGAUUAGUUUCCCCGAAGCUAAGAAAGCAUUUCUGAGCAAAGUUCACCACUACAUAAGGGAUCGGCUUCUGGAUGGAAAAUAUGUCUGUGCUUUCUUGUUUAAUAUUUUUGGAUCUGAGCCAUCUGAGUUUCAAGAGGAGAAACAGAACCUAGCUGACAUUAUUCAGAUGUAUCAACAAACAAGGGCGCGGCAACUCUCUGUUCAAAGCGAUGCAAAUUCCUUCACAGCUUAUCCUGAAUACAUUAUCCCAUACUUGGUCCAUGCUCUUGCUCAUCAUUCAUGCCCUGACGUUGAUGAAUGCAAGGAUGCCCAAGCUUUCGAAGUACUAUACAGGCAGUUGUACUUGAUUCUUUCUAUAAUGGUUCAUAGAGAUGAAGAUACUAAAUCAGAGGCCAGUAGCAACAUGCUAAAAGAAACCAUUUUUGCUGUAAUGUCCAUCUUCCGAAGUAUCAAACAAUCUGAAGACAUAGUUGAUGCAGCGAAGUCAAAGAAUUCGCAUGCUAUUUGUGACCUUGGGUUGUCAAUUAUUAAGCGCUUAGCUCCAAAAGAGUAUGAAGUUCAAGGGUCGACUGCAUCAGUUCCCCUGCCUCCAAUCAUGUACAAACCAUAUGAGAAGAAAGAAGGGGACGAGUCUGUGGCUGAAGGUCAAACGUGGCUGGCUGAUGACAGUGCUCUGACACACUUCGAGUCACUUAAGCUGGAAACUACUCAGACACUUGAUUCAGAAAUUGCUGAAGAUGGGGUUUUAAAACAAAGUGAAACGGAUGGAAAGGAAGUUCCUCUGGGGAAAAUGGUCAAGCAUAUAAAAUCUUAUAGCGCCAAGGGCAAAAAGUUUAAAAAGGACAAGUCUGCAUUGGCUGAAACAGGAAAUGCUGAAAAUGAUGUUGAUAUCCUAAAAAUGGUGAGAGAAAUAAAUUUGGAUAACUUGGGGAAAUCAAGCAAGUUUGCAUCAAGCAAUGGUCAUGAACAUUCCCCAAGUAUGAAAUCAAGACUUGAUCUAAAGCUUCAAAAAGGUGAAAAAAGAAAAGCUAGUGGUGAGACAUCUGUUUCGGUUCCUAAACGAAGAAGGUCAAUGUCCAGUCAAAGACCAAGUAGUACUUCAAAGGCUCCAUUGUCAGAUACGGGGGAUGAUUUACUUGAAAGAAAGCUUGGUGGGAGCAACAAGUCAGAUUUGUUGACUCCGCGCUUUCAAAAGACAUCGAAAGGCAAAGGGAAAGGUUUGGAUCGGAGUCGUGAUGAGGAGGCAGAUGAAGUUGGAGAGGCCAGUGACCUUGAGGUUUCUGUGGGAUCUGCGAAGAAGCGGAAAAGAAAAAGCAUUUCGGUUAUGGCAAAGUGUAAAUUUAAAGACGGUGGAAAAGAUAUUGAAGACUUGAUUGGCUGCAGAAUAAAAGUUUGGUGGCCUAUGGAUAAGCAAUUUUAUGAAGGCACAGUGAAGUCAUAUGACGCCAUGAAAAAGAAGCAUGUGGUUUUAUAUGACGAUGGAGAUGUUGAAGUACUUCGUCUGGAAAAGGAGCGCUGGGAGGUUAUUGACAAUAGUCGCAAACCUGUGAAGAAAGUGAAUACAUCAAAGAGUUCCCCUGCAAAAGAUAUAUCACCUGGUAAAACUAAAAAUUUUGGCAGCUCGGGACAGAAAAAGAAAGCAAUUAAGACAGAUAAAGGGAAAAGAACACCCAAAAAAGUUUCUAAGCAGGGGAGAAAGGGCGCAUCCAAAAGUAAUAACUAUGAAUCAGAGGAAAAAGAGAGUUCAGAUGUAUCAGAUCUUGAGCCCACCAUGAAAUCUAAAAUUGAUGAAAUGAACUCAGGUAGUUCAGACGGGGAGCACGAUGAGAAAAUGGAUGAGAACUUAACAGAUGAGGGGGGAUCUGAUAACGAAGUGAAGUCAGUGUCUAAGAGAAAACAGUUGGCUGAUAAGGAGGAAAGCCCUGAUAAUAUGGAGGAGCCCGAUGAAGAGAAACCUGAUACUGGAGGGAGGCCUGAUGAAGAUAUGGAGAGCAGCCCACAAGAUGCUCAGAAGAGUGAAGAGAAACAACAUUCAGAAGGGGACCAUGAUGAUGAAUCUAGUGAAGCCUCAGGAAAGCAGGCAACAGGGGAAGAGAAGGUGGACUUUGAAGAUGAUCAAGGUGAGCUGGCUAAAGAGGAAGACAACUCAGAUGCCGGAGAUAUUCAAGUUGAGCAGGCUAAAGAGGAAGACAAUUCAGAUGCCGGAGAAGAUAUUCAAGGAGAACAGGCUAAAGAGGAAGAUAAAUCAGAUUCUGAAGAUAUCCAUGAAGAUCAGACUAGAGAGAGAGAGAAAUCAGGUUCUGCAGAUAAUCAAGAAACAGAUGAUGUUGGGAGUAGUCCCUUAAAACCGAAGAAAGCCCAGAAAGAGUCUGUUGCUGGGGAUGCUGAAAUUUCUGAUGAUGAGCCUCUGAGCAAAUGGAAGCAUUGGGUGGGAAAGAAGGGCUCAAAGCGUCUACGAUGAGCAGUUCAUCUGCCACACCAAUCAACUUUACAAAGCUGCAGUAUUGCGGCGGAUUUCUGUACCUGUUUUGAGUUCGUUGUUUAGCUUGGAGAAUUCGAGGGAGGUGAACAUGGAGUUCAAUUACCAAAAACCAUGAAUAAAUGUACCGAGCAGUUACCCCGGAAGCCCCAUGUAGAUUGUAAAAAUAACAGUAGACAGUCCCACGUUUAGGUAGGCAAGUGUUAGCGCGUGUAACAAUGUCGGGACAUGAUUAGCGGUAGAUGGUAGGUUUGACAUACCCUAGUGAAUCUUCUUAUAACCGAUAAAUCCAUCACCUACAUGUACAGCUAUACGUGGGGAAAGUUAAUUAUAUGUUGUUUUAUUCAUGAUUGAAUUCUAACACCCAUCAAGGUUGAUACUUUUGCGUCCUUUUGGUCUAUUGGUUGCUGUAAUUAUGCUAUGCUUCUUUUCACUCGUUGUAGAAAUAUUAUUAUCAUUACUAGCCGAGUGGUGUUGGCAAAUC